AUGGCUAAGCAACAACGAGAUGGGCACACCGCCACGCGUCGCACAUCUUUGAAGUAUAUGAAGGCGUCCUCUAACCACGGUGUAGCAAGAGCUCAGCUUCGACUCAACGCUCUUCGCAUUUUCCCCAAAUGCCCAGCCGCUAAACUCAAGGCCAAUCCCAUUUUCUUUGGAUCUGACCUUGAACGACUUGCUCUUGGUGAAGACUGCCACGAGCUUCAUCUCGCAGCUGCAUCCAUGGACUGGGUUGGAGAUCUUCAAUACAAAGCCAAGGUGGCCGAGUCGCUGAAACGGCCUCGUUUUAAAAGCUCUGGGGGCCUUUUGCGCCACCAGGGCCCGAGCCAGCGGUUCACGUUGAACAUUCAAGAGGACAGCGAUGACAUGGACUACCAUACCACAGUUCGAGCUUAUGGCAGCCUGUUCUGCCAGAAGGGUGACGAAUUGACCACUUGCGUACUAUAUUACAAUAAGGGCCAGGGAUUUCUGGAGUAUUUCUACAUUCCGCGCCACCAGCUGCCUUGGAAGAAACAAUACAGAAUACCUUUGCAGCACUCGUUGUCAGGGUAUGACUCGAGGCCGCUCGACUGGGUUGUGGUUGAAGAUGUGAACAUAAAAUAGCAUUGAGACAUAUCAUCACAAUGCUGGCUGGCACACGAGUUUCUGCUGGAACCAACCACGCACGGCAUCUACCGCUAGCCUUGCGGUAUUUGAUUGAGUUCUUGUACUGGGUCCUUGUACGGAGUUGUUGCAAGUGAACGGGUAGUAAGGUCUGUGAAUUAGUAGAGACAUGCGUCCCAUAGAAAUUCACCCAUAGAAAUUCAACUUUGACUUGC